AUGAAUCAGAUUAAUCCAGAUUAAAUCUUAUCAUCAGAGGAGAUCAAGGCAGCGAAGGAUGCCUUUGAGGCAUAUGAUAAAAUGGGCUAUGGAACGUUGGAAGUUGAAGAGUUGCAAAAAAUACUUGAAGAAUUUGGACAUAAGCCAAGUAAAGAGGAGUUAUAAUAAAUGAUUAUUUAAGUUGAUGUGAAGAAUAAAGGAUUUAUUGGUAAAAGUGUUAAGUAUGAUUGAGACUUUGAGGAUUUCAAAAGAGCGAUAGCAAUUUACAAGAUCAUAGAAGAGGAUAACGAAGAAGAUGACACAUGUAAGUUAACUAUAAUAUUUGAUAAGUGGAUGCUUUUGUGGCUAUGGGAGGGAAUGCUGAUAAAAGUGGGACUGUGGAUGCAACAAAAUUGAUACAAGUAAGGAUUACUAUUAUUUAGAUUAUUAAAUCUGAUUUUAAGAUGACAAUUGAUAUUGAAGUAAAGUUGCAUAAAUAUCUACUUAGAGAUUGAUUAAUGAAAUGGAUCGUGACAAAUCAGGUUAGAUAUCAUAUUAAGAAUUUAAAAACCUACUCUCUGAUUGA